GAAUUAAAAUCCAGAAUAAAAAAGAACGAUCAAUGUCCUACUAAUCAACAACUAAUAUUACUUUGUAUCAAACGUGAUCCUUUCUUAGUUUGACGUUGAUCUAAUACCUGAAUCAGUACAGUGGACCUUUUGUGACUGUGGACACAGUGAUUCAAUUUGCAAAUUUUAAAGCAAGUUCCCACAUGCCCUUGUUAAUCAGCAGUUUGUCACCCUGAUGAAGGAAGUUGGACUUGUUUGCCUAACGACCUGUGGAGAACACUAAGUCAUAAACCUGGAGACUACAACCUUUCCCACUAGGAACCUUGCAGGUGCCUAUGAUUGUUAGCCUUGCCUUGGUAUGCUCACCUCUCUGAAGAUGAUCGACACUGACAUAUACCGUGCCUCUGCACGGACAAUAAGAUUCUGAGACCCGUGGCUGUCUCAUCUGCGUAUGGACGGAGGCGUUUCAGAAAAUAUGAGAAUCUUCAUCACUUUCGAUAAAGUUUGCAAACCUUUUGACAUUUCGGGGGAUCAGACAGUCUUAUCAGUGAAGCUGAUGAUAAAGCAAUAUUUUCGAAUCACCUUGACAAAUGACAAACAAGGGCGUAGGUUUUUACAGCUGAUUUAUGCCGGGGCAGUGUUAGAAGAUGAGUGGGUACUUGCUGAUGUGGGAAUGACCUCCUAUUCCACGGUCAAAUGCAUCUUAAAGGAAGAGGAGAAAGCAAUUCUAUAUGUGUUCAAUGCUCUGACAAGGCGAACGAUUUCCAUCAUUGAAAACUCCCAGUUCUUAACAGCAACUGUUUCUGAGCUCAAAAGCUUGGUAUCACUGAAAUCUGGACUUCCUGUAAGUACUUUCCGUUUGAGUACUCAAGAGGGGACAGAACUGUACAACUGCAACAAAAUCAAAGACUACGACAUAGACAUAGGAAGUACUCUUCGCCUAGAUAUUUGGGAUGGAUGGAAAGAGUACUUGAUGGGAUGCCUUCUGGGCCACAAACAUAUCAUUCAGCAACAUCUCUCUGAAGAGGAACCUGUGGCCAAGUUCCAGCGGCGAGUGGCACUGCACCUGGCGGCGUUCUUCGGCCACUUGGACCUCGUAGAUUGGCUGCUCCAACAAGGCGUUCGGGCAGACAAACCAGUCGGCGCCCAUCCCUACCGGGAAUGGUGCCAGGAGAUCGAACAUCCCAACGUCAACAAGUGCCCGGUCCACGCGGCCGCUGAAGCGGGUCAACUGCUGCCGUUGAAAGCCCUGGUGAACAACAACGUCCUGUGCCUGGAAUGCAGGAACCCCCAAGGUCACAACCCCCUGAAGAUCAGUAUCCAGCAUAGGCACGUGGCGUGUGCCUUGUACCUGAUCACGAAAGCCUGGUCCGUGGUUUCUUUCCAAGGGCUCUCCUUUCCUGUCCGUAUCUACAUUAAGAUAAAGCAUUGGCUCCACAAAGUACAAAGACAUGUGCGCUCGAAGAAGAGGAUGGCCUACAGAACGCGGGUUGGGGACACCAUUGUGGUGGACGGCUUUACUGAACUUAGAAUGAGGUCCCGGCCCAGGGCGAGAGGAGGCAGGAAAGAUGGCCGAGGUAAAAAAUCCACCUUGCCAGUGCUUAGUAACCAGGUACCAAUGACAAGACACAAGCGGCCCGUCCAGGACGCCCAGAGGUAUCACGGAGGUUUGAUGGACCUGAGUCUACCAGCAAUUGGGGGUCAAGGAAGAGGAACAACACACGUAGCCUCCAAAAGAAAGAGCAACCCAGAAACAGACGCGUGGGGAAUGAACAUGCCCCUCCCACCAAUAAUCAGGGGCACAAACUCACGACCUCAGUUCUUUUACUCUGCACCAAAUGCUGCUGGACUUCUCACAACAUCCUUACUAUCAUUUUCUCAGCACAACGGGAGAACGACAAGGGAGAAUGCCGUUUACUGUCUGGCACUGGCUAGCACAUUUAAAGAGAAACCUUGGCUGCAGCAACUUAGGAUGGCAAGGAACUUGGCCAGAAGAAGCAUACAGAAGCCCUUCUGCUGAUACAAGCCUUGUGUUCUGCUUCCAUUGCCAGAACUUAGCAAAGAUGCACUAAUUUGAAUGACUGCUCCCUUUAGGAGUUGGGGGAGGGGGAAAUGAGUGUGUGCGCAUGUGUGUACAUAGGCACAUAAUGCUGGAGUAACUCAGUGGGUCAGGCAGCAUCUCUGGAGAAAAAAGGAUGGGUGAUGUUUCGGGUUGGUACCUUGAAGAAGGAUUCCGACUCGGAACGUCACCCAUCCCUUUGUCUCCAGAGAAUAGUCUGAAGAAGCGUCUCGACCUGAAAUGUUACACAUUCCUUCUCUCCAGAGAUGCUGCCUGUCCCGCUGAGUUACUCCAGCACUUCGUGUCUGUCUUUGGUAUAAACAGGAUCUGCAGUUCUUUGUUUCUGUACAACGUGUGUCCACAUUUAUCUAUAUCUAUAUAUAUAUAUCUGUACGUGUUAUAUAUUCUUGUUUUAAUUGAAUCCUGUCAUCAAUGGGGCAGUGGGCAUUACCACUGAGCAAUAUAACUCUACCCAACAUCAACACUACACAUUCAGACUCACACCCUCCAUCACCAAUUAAUUAAUCUUUAACUUUUUAUCCUUACUUUAAUCUCCUUCCAACGUCUCAUCUAUGUCCCUGGAACAUGACAGGGAAAAUAUAGAGCAUGAACGGUAGAUGCUGGUUUACAAAUUAGUGCUGGAGUAACUCAGAGUGUCAGGCAGCAUAUCUGGAGAACAUGGAUAUAUGACAUUUCUGGUCUCUUCGUCAGACUCAAAUUUUAGUUUAUUUUAGAAAUAUAGAGCGGAAACAGUCCCUUCGACCCACUAAGUCCACACCGACCAGCGAUCACUAUCAUAUACACGACUAGCACUAUCCUAUACACGAGGGACAAUUUUUACCAAAGCCAAUUAAUCCACAAACCUGUACGUCUUUGGACUGUGAGAGGAAACCAGAGCACACAGAGAAAACCCACACAGUCAUAGGGGGAACAUAUAAACUCUGUACAGACAGUGCUCAUAGUCGGGAUCAAACACGGGUCUCUGGUACUGUAAGACAGCAACUCUACCGCUGCACUACUGUGCUGCAAUCUAAAUGUAACUUGUUUUGGAUGACUUGUAGUUCCUAAAGUUUGUUACUAUGAAAUUUUACUUGUUUCAUUUUAUAUCUGUUGUAGCCUAGUUAAUUACUAAAGUUGUCAACAAUCUAUUUGUCUGUUCCGAUAUGCCCCAUUUCUCUUGUUUUGUAUAGGUUCUGUUAUGGACUGUGGAUUACAAUAAAUGUCAAAACUCUGGGCUCAAUCUGGCCUCUCUUGUUCUAUCUUCUGUAAACGUCAUUGAAGACUCUGGUUCCUGUGUCCACACAUGCAUUGCCCCAUUCAAUUGUUCAAUUGUUCUUUAUUGUCAUGU